UUAACGAAUCAACUAAACACACUCCAUAUGAGAUCAUGCAAAUAAGGAAGCCACGUUUUCCAUCAGAGUUGCCUGUGGAAAAGGAGGAUGAUGCGCCUGCUCCUAUCAUUUUGAAAGCACCAACCCCUAAUGAAGUGGCUGAUUAUGUAAGUUCCAAGCAGGAACAGCUGAGUGUGAUGGAAGCUAAGGUUACUGCCAAUAACAUCAAUGCGAAAGAAAAGCAAAAAAAAAUAUUAUAAAAUGAAAAAGAUGAAAGGUUAUAAGGCGUACAAGUUUCAUGUUGGGCAAGCAGUCAUGAAGGCUAAUCCUAAGAAGCUUGGAGGCCGAAAGGGUGAUCGAAUGACGCCAGAUUGGCUUAAUGGUUAUGUUGUUGUUAGCCUUACAGAUCACCAGGUUGUUUUGCGCAACACAAAAACCAAUAAGGUGUUGAAAAGCAUCAGUCUGGCUCAUAUUAAACCAUUUCGGGAGAGAGGUGCUGAUACAGAUGUUGAAAAUAAGGUAGCAGGUGUUGGUAUGGCAGUUGCAGAAGCUGAGGUUGCAGGUGGUGGUGAGGAGGUUACAUGUGUUGAGGUUCCAGGUGUUGGUGGAGGAGACAUUGCAUGUGUUGAGUUUGUAGGUGGUGGUGAGGAGGCUGCAGACGUUGAGGUUCCAGGUGUUGGUGAAGAGGUUGCAGACGUUGAGGUUCCAGGUGUUGGUGAAGAGGUUGCGGACGUUGAGGUUCCAGGUGUUGGUGAAGAGGUUGCGGACGUUGAGGUUCCAGGUGUUGGUGAAGAGGUUGUGGAUGAUAAAGUUGCAGGUGUUGGCGAAGAGGUUGUGGAUGAUAAAGUUGCAUGUGUUAGUGAAGGGGUUGUGGAUGUUGAGGUUGCAGAGUUUGAGAGGUCCAAUGACCAGGUUCGUGGUGCUGGUAAUGAGGUAAAAACUCUUGCUUCACUGAGCUUUGCUGGCGAAGUUCACCAUUUACAGCAAUUGGGCAUAAAAGGAAUACCUUUAAGUUUUCCCUACCUUGAUUUUGGUACAGCUAAACUGACUGGAAGAGAUAUUUGGUCCCUUAUCCCACUGCAAGAAGUUUCCACUUGCCAAUUCAAAACAUUAAAAAGCGAAGUUCCUGAUUUUAUGCCUGGUUUGUUAACUGAUAUGAUAAAGUAG